AUGAAAGUUAAAAAAUAUUCAACAAGAAUAAAUAAAACUAGAUAUAAAAAUAAUGGAAAUGAUAAAAAUAUAUUUAAAAAUGAUUUAUUUUUUAAAGCAGCACUAUUUGUUGUAUUAACAGUACAAUCUGUUUUAACUUUAUUGAUGAUAAGAAUGAAGAAAGUUAAAAACAUAAAUUAUAAAAUGAAAAAUGAAAGCAUAAUAUUUUUAUCAGAAAUAAUAAAAUUUUGUGUUUCUUUCCUUUUUUAUUUUAAUGAAAAUAAAUUUAGUUUGAAAUUAGUUAGUAAAAAUGUAGGUGAUAUAAUUACGAGAAAAAAAGUAUAUAUGCUUUCUCUAUUAGUACCAAGUACUUUAUAUUAUAUUCAGAAUAUAUUUUUUUUUAUAUCCCUCUCUAAUAUUCCAACCCCAUUAUUUCAAUUGUUAUACCAAUUUAGAAUUUUAACAGUUGUAAUGUUUAGUUUAUUAAUUUUAAAAAAGAAAUUUAGGAAUACACAAAUGCUUUCUAUUAUAUUUUUAUUUUUAUCUUUGGUAUGUUUGAAGGAUUAUAAUUUAAAUGAUAAUCAUCCUACAUAUAAAAAAAAAAUAAAUGCAUCUAUCGAUAAUAAUACAAGUAAGUGUUAUUUAUAUAAAGAAUUAGUGGAUAAUAAUUUAAAUGAAAGAAUAAGGAAUCAAAAUAAUUUCAUAUAUCUUAACCAUAAAGAGAAACCAUUAAGUAGUAACAGAGUAUUAUCAUUUUUUUUUGAUGAAAAUAAAAAUGCAAAUAUAUUUGAAAAAAUUAUGAAUAAAAAUAUCAAUAAAAAUAUUUUAUGGAAUAACAGAAAAAAGUUUGGUGAAAUUGAUUAUAUAAAUAAUGAUUUUAUAAGUAAUAACAACAUUAAUAUUUAUGAGAGUGAUAUUAAAUCUAAUAAUAAAAGUAACAAUAAUUUUAAUUAUUAUAAUAAUAGAAAUAGUUUUUGUAUUGAUAAUAUUGAUAAUAAUAAUAAUAAAAUAGGUAAUAUAUUAAUAGGAACAUUAACUACUUUUUUAGCUACAUUUACAAGCGGAUUUUCAAAUGUGUAUUUGGAAUUUUUGUAUUCUAAUUAUAGAUUUCCUUUCUGGUUUCAAAGUAUGUGCUUAUCAUUUUUUACAAUAAUAAUAGGUUCAGUAACAAAAAACAUAGAUGUACAUCUAGUAUUUAAUAAGUACUCUAAUAAUAAAAUUCCAUUAGGUGAAUAUAGAAGAAAUUAUUUAUCUAAAGAUAUGGAUUUUAAAAUGUCUAAUAUAGAAGAAAAAAAAGAGAUAAAAAAUGAAGAAAUUUUAUUUUUACAAAAACUGAAAAACUAUUUUUUUCAGCAUUUUGAUUCAUUUAAUGAAUUUAUAUAUGUUUUUUUCUUAAUUUUUUUACAUAGUACUGGUGGGUUAACUGUUGCAGUUUUUAUUAAAUAUGUUGAUAGUGUUUCACGUUUCUUUAUCACUCCUAUCAGUCUAAUAAUUAAUGUAUAUAUAUCUUCUAUGUAUUUUAAAGAUUUUAACUUUACAUUUAAUUUUUUCAUUUCGUUGAUAUUUGUUUUCUUUGCGUUGUUUCUUUAUUUUAAAAAAAAUUGUUAA